UGUUCGAGCUGUAAGAAUUACAAUUUAGGUAUAGUAAGUCCCGAAUUUUAAUCAGAUACUCAAGAUUAUAACUGGAAGUGGUGCCACACUUACCGGACCGAGUCUAAAAAUUGUCGACGGGCAAAGUUCAGAAGGCAGUCAGUCUGGAUGGGAACUUUGUCAUUGAGUGAUUAUAAGGAGGUAAAAAUCCCUGUACCUUGGGGUCACAUUGCUGGACGUUGGUAUGGCAAUCGAAAGGAGCGACCGAUCUUGGCAAUCCACGGAUGGUUGGACAAUUUGGGCACCUUCGAUCGGUUGAUUCCCCUACUUCCCGACUAUAUAGGAGUACUCUGUAUCGAUCUUCCUGGACAUGGCAAAUCCUCUCGAAUUCAGCCAGGGAUGCACUAUUCCAUCUACGAUUACGUAAUCAUCAUUCCGCGCGUGAAGAAGGAGUACGGAUGGUCAAAGGUCUCCCUAAUGGGUCACUCCUUGGGUGGCAUCAUAAGUUUCCUUUAUACUUCACUGGCUCCUCAUACUGUGGAUAUGGUAAUUUCCCUGGACAUUGUGAUGCCUAUGACACCAGAACCUAAAAAGGUAAUUGGUAGUCUAGUUCAGACCAUAGAAAAGCAUCUGGAAGUUGAAGAUCGUCAGGAGAAGAUAAAUCUACACGAGCCGCCCUCCUACACAAUGUCUCAAUUGACCGAAAUCCUUGCCAAAGGAAGUUCCAAUUCCGUGCCACCCGAGUUGGCCAAGCACCUUCUUCAUCGUCAGCUGUCGAAGUCGCAACUUUACCCAGAGAAGUACUACUUCGCCAGAGAUGGACGGGUGAAAUUCUACCAUCGCACACAAAUGGAACCUGGACUCACUGAGGAAUUGUCAAAGCGAAUCAAAAAGAAGCCCUACUUGAUCAUAAAGGGAUCAAAGUCUCCAAUGAUUGGAGUUCUAAGCGAGAGGCCAUUGUCCAUUUUGCGUGAAAAUAAUCCGCACUUUGAGUUCCACGAGCUGGAUGGAGGUACCCAUCAUGUCCAUCUGCAUGGCGCCGAGGAGUGUGCCCGGUAUAUAGUACCCUUCAUCCGACGUCAUCGACCGCCAACCUUGACUUCUUGGUCUUUAACCGCAAAGGAGCAUCAACUUAACGCCAAAGAAAAUCGCAGGCAACAAGAAAGAUUCCUUGAGAGGAGGAAAAACAAUCACAGCAAACUAUAA